GCCUUGUAGCUGGUUCACGCGUAUUUGCCAGCAUAACAGACUAGAGGCAGAGGGAGAGAGAGUUGGCACAAGAGUAGGAAAAGAGAGGGAGAGAGUUCAGUGUGUCUCCCGGGAAGAGGCACACAGUCAAUAUCCAGGUCUCCAGUAAACAUCUAUGAGCCUCCUUUAUAAAGCUGCUGUGCUACUGCAUGGAACCACGGAGCAAAGGCAAAAAAGAAAUCAGCUUCACUUCCAGUUAAUUAUCAGUGCAGCCGAGGACAUACAGUUGAACUCCAACACAGAAUAGUUUAAGUGGCAGCAGUUUGUCUGAAGUUUAAGUUUUUAGAUGUUGAAAAGAGCGGAGACAAAGUGAACAGAGAUCAGCCAACUAAACAGAAAAUGACAGCUGUAACUGCUCAGGAACUUGACGAGCGAUGUUUCCUGUCGGCGCAGUCCAUGCCCAGUCUGAAGGUAUCCGAACACUUCCAGGUGGUAAAGCUCCUGGGAGAGGGAUCCUACGGGAAGGUCAUGCUAGCUGUACACAGAAAGCGAGGAACCCCUAUGGCUCUGAAGUUCUUCCCUCGUCAGUCCACCUCGCUCACCUCCUUCCUGCGUGAAUACAACCUCUCCCUCUCUUACUGCACCCAUCCUUCCCUCACACGGGCCCUUGGCAUCUUCUUUUCCACACCGUCCUACUAUGUCUUUGCCCAGCAAGCUGGUCUAUAUGGUGACCUCUACAGUGUAAUAGUAUCAGAGGUUGGGCUGGAUGAAGAGCGUGUCCAGAGGGUGAUGUCCCAGCUGAGCGGAGCUGUUACACAUCUCCACUCCCUGGGCUUCGUCCACCGUGACAUCAAACCUGAGAAUAUCUUCCUGUGUGACAGUUCCUGUCGCUGGGUCAAACUGGGUGACUUUGGCCUCACCCGGGCCAUCGGCUCCACUGUUCGUGCUGUCUGGUACGAGUCGCCCUUCUGUACUCCUGAGGUGGAACCUGUCAAAGAAGCCGAGAGGGAGAUGGAGAGGAGGGUGUGUGAGGGGAAUGAAGAAGAGAUGGAGGACAUUUGGAUAACAGUGGAGCCCAGUAUGGACAGCUGGGCCCUUGGUGUACUCGUCUACUGCCUCUUAACUGGCUGCUUUCCCUGGGAGGAGAGCACCAGUGAUGACCGUGGCUACCGCAGAUACAAGGAGUGGUUCAACCGUGAGGCUGAAAAAGAGGAGAAUAUCAGGGACGUUGAGUGGAUUGGUGAGAAGGUAAUAGACAGUUACACAAUCAUGAAUGAAAACCAAAGGGACAACCCUCCUCCUUCACAGUUCGAGGGCCUCAGCCCACUAGUGAUGACUCUUUUGAAAGAACUGCUCCACCCUGAGCCUAAACACAGAGGGAAUCCAGAGGAGAUCCUGAGCUACCUGGGAGGGCCGUGGCUGAUGGAGACAGAGAGAGAAGAGAAGAGGAAGGCAGACGAGGCAGAGAAUGAGGCCAGAAAAAUAAGAGAGGGAGGUGGGGUAGCGGAGGAGCUGGUGAGGGAAGGAAGAGGGGAGAGAUAAGCUUUGUCUUUAUAAAAUUGUUUCAAAUGAAUAUAACAUGUUUGGUAUUAUGCUGCAAUGUGUAUGAUUAUAGAUUAAGUCUGAUACAAACAUAAACUUUAUAAGGUGCUAUAUUUUCAUAUUUUUUAUAAAUAUCCUUAGUAAAGUUACAGUUACUUUCAUUGUUGUAUAUAGUCCAGUGUGUAUGUGUGUAUGUAUGUGUGUGUGCCUUAUUGAGAAGAGUCUGCCGAUAAUAAGAAAUGUUUGAUGUUUGAAACUACAAGUUGUAUAAUAGUGCCUUUAAAAAUCUGUAUUGGAAUAGUUGUCUAAAUAAAAUAAACUCCUUGUAUUUGUCUGAA